UAGAAUAAUAUUCAGGAACAGUAUUGAAGCGACGUACAGUGUUUACGUGAACGAUACCGUAGAUUGUCAACCAGAGGAAGAGACUCCUUCAGUAAAAAAUCCUUACAAGCUACAAGUCAUAUUCAAACCAAAUUAAAAAAAAAAUUUUGCAGUGCCAGAAUUCUUGAGUCAAAAGUCCUACUAUUUAUAGAAUAAAUUUUAAAAUAGAAAGGAAAGUGUUGUGUUGGAACAAAAAAUUCAAAGAGUAUCUGGUGAAGGAACACUGACAAUGGACUGGGAUAACAGAAGUGCACCAUGCUGGUCCUGUCACAGGACUGGAGAGGUGCGUCGCCACUACGCUCAAACACUUGACUACCCACGCUGUGUUCCCGAUCCCUCCACUGUCGAUCCUCACGGAAUGGUGGAGGGUGUGGAAGAUGGUGGGUGGCCCGCCACACUAACCCGAGGGCUACAUGAGACAUGGCAGUCACAGCUAUUCACCGAUCUCAUUAUCAAAACUCAAGAUGAAGUCAUCCAUGCUCAUAAGGUCAUCUUGGCAGCUGCAUCUCCUUACUUCAGGGCAAUGCUAUCUGGUGGCCUGCUGGAAGGAAGAACACAGACACUAGUUCUGGAAGAUGUUACUGGAGCUAUUUUGAAUACAGUACUCACUUAUAUCUACACUGGCCAGGCCACACUGACAGAGCACAAUGUACAAGAUGUUCUAACUCUUGCUGACUAUUUUCAAAUACACGCUCUUAAAAAACUUUGCUGUUACUACUUAAAGAACCAUUUAGUGAUGCAAACGUGCCUCAAUGUCUAUGAGGUUGCAACUCUCCAUCGAUGUUAUGAUCUAGCUGCUGAUGCUCUGGCGUUGGCUUGCUCCCAGUUCUCAGAAGUCUUGGUGCAGCCAGUGUUCUCUACACUUCAGCCAGAAACAAUAUUAGCACUUCUCAAACAACUAUACCUCAGCAUUGAGUCAGAAGAGGAGAUAUUAGAGGGUGUGACUCGAUGGGCAUCACAAGACCCUGCUGAGAGACAGAAAUGGCUACCUGCUCUCAUUCAGAAAAUUGAUCUGGGAUUUCUCAACACCCAGACAAGAAUAAAGUGGGUAGCUUCCUUUGAGGAAAAUCAUCUUUUGUCAGAAGAUCUAAAGCACAUUCUAAUUCCUUUGGAGAUCAACUCAUAUGGAUUAGAGGAUGGUUCUGACAACCAAAAGGAAUCCACUAGAAAAACACGGCAUAAUUCUCAGGAGGAGGUGUUACUCGUGAUGGGUGGAGAUUCAAAUGGUCGUAUACUUGGCAAUAUUGAGUGCUUUGCUCUUGGCUUCUCAUCAUGGCGGUGCAGCCUACCCGAUGUGGCUGCUCACCCACACAGUCACAAUGAAUACCAAGUCCUCCCAGUUAUGGAGUCUCCCAGGGCCUACUGUGCUGUUGCUACUCACAACAAUUUGGUAUAUGUUCUUGGUGGUCAAACGAAUAAAAAUUUUCUUGCUUCCUGCGAGUGUUACAGUGUACUAACAAACACCUGGCGCCAACUUUGUGACUUACCAGUGCCUGUCCAUGGAGCGACUGCUGCUUUUCUGGAUGGCACUCUAUACUUCACUGGUGGGAAGUCUGAACAGAGAUACCAUAAUGAACUCUGGGUUUAUGAUGAGCACCAUGACACUUGGGUCACACGCAAAUCUCUCACUGUUGCCCGAGGCCACGGUGGAAUGGUUGCCCUUCAUGGUUCACUCUAUGUGGUUGGUGGUAUGUGUUACAAUGGAAUCAGAAGUCAAGCUGUAACAUUAUGUGAAAAGUAUGAUCCAGGGUCAGAUACAUGGGUACCAAUUGCACCCUUAGGCCAAGCUCGUGCAUAUUUGGGUGUGACUGUGAUUCAUGACCAGCUGUAUGCCAUUGGCGGCUAUAAUGGCUCAAGAUGGCUGAGCUGUGUUGAGAGAUACGAUCCUCUGCGUGACCAGUGGACCUCAGUCUCACCAAUGAUCAGCACUCGUAGCAGCUUUGGUGUGACUGUCAGUCAUGGAAGGAUCUUCUGUCUAGGUGGUUUUAGUGGGGAGUCCCUCCUCAACACAGCUGAAAAAUACAACCCUCGCACCAACAUGUGGCAUUGUGUCCAGUCUAUGCAGCUACGACGCUAUGGACUAGUUGCUGCAACUGUCUGUGUUCCAGGGACUGCUAGAGUAUAGUUAACAUGACUCAUAAUUCUUGCUACCUUAGGUUGCAGCCGAUGCUAGUAACAUACCCAAGAUUUAUAUAUGUAAUGUUAGUAUAUAUUUAAUAUUCCCAGUACAGUAAUUAGAAUUGCUAAUCCAUAUUAAAGAACAGACAUCCGUCACUUGCAUGUUGUAGUAGUAAGACUCGACCAUUCCUGAGCUAAGUAAAAGUAACAUUACACCACUGAGUUCAUUAAGUAUCCCCAAAAAUGCAAUCAAAAUGUCAUCAUUACCCAUAAUAUGUAUAGCAACAAUAUCAUUUACUGUACAGUACUACCAAUAAAGUCAGAGAUACACUUACAGACAUCCCUGAUUUAUGAAAUGGUUCCAUUCCUGGAAAAAAACUUACUGGUAAAUAAACUGGCUUCUCGUAAAUUGGAUCACUUUCCCAUAGACUCCUGUUACAAAAGUUGAGAUAUGUUAAAAAAAAGUCUUAAAAUGAUACAAAACAUGUUUUUUAUUAAAAGAUUUAGUGUAGCUACACAAUGAUUGUACUGUAAACCAACAAUAUAAAUAAUAAGUAAAUUACAUGCAGUGGAGGACAGAGAAGUUACUGAAAACUGCAGCACUGGUUGUGAUGCAGUGGGACAUUCAUGGCUUCAAUUUUAUAGUGAUGCACAAACAGUAAGUCUACUGCACUGUGCAGUACAUAUGUACAUUUUGUUUUCAUUGGAUUUGAUUAUUGAUGAUGUUUAUCUGAAGAAGAAACACUAAACUUAACCAUUUAACAUUUUAUUUUUUCCAUCACCAUAACAUCAAAUUCUGGGAUACUAAACACAUCAUCAAUCCCACAUAGUGAUCCUGUGAGUCAUGAUAACUAAAACACAUGUAUUUUAUUUUUAGCUUAGCCACUCUUGCCUUUAGUUUAAUUAACUUGAACUGACAGGUCUGGUAUAGGAAGCCCUGAGAUGCCUCACUAUCUUCCCAUACUAUGAAAAAAUUAAGAAAAAAUAAUAAUAAUAACUUUGGAUUUUUGGUACAAAAAGCGAAAUGUAGGACUGUCUGUAUUUAUGUUUAGAAGACAGCUUAUAACCAGGAGACAUCAGGUGGAACUAUUGUUCUUACCAAUGUUGUGAAUGUACAACAACUUUAGCCGAGAUUGUUAAUGAACUUGGGGUUUUGUACAUUGUACUUAUGGCAAAUGAUAUUCCUAACUUGUAGCAGUGUUAUGCUGUUAUCAAUACUAAGGUGUAACUAGAUCUUCAGCUACACACAUAAUUUUGUUCUUAGAUUGUGAUUGCAACAGAUGAUCCCAAAUAAAAGUUUAUCUCUUU